UAGGGUUUCAAGUCAUUUGAUUAAAGAACGUCGAUUAUUUAACAUCUAAAUCUAAGAUGGAUACACCUCUCCAUGUGGACACGAUCUGGAAUAGCUUGCGGCCACUCGGAAAUUACCAAAGAUGUCAGAUAGCGUACUUACUCUUUAUGGUCAUGUUUCAAAUCGCCGCUGUUGUAUUAAACUUCGUUUUGUAUGGACAUGUCCCGGAUUUCAAAUGCAACCCUUUGCAUGAGCCUUUGUCAACAUACGGACUACCUGACGCGGGAGAGAACCGUACCUCAUACGAGGUCACUUACGGAAAGUGUGAGAUUUCAGUGGUGACAAACACAACCAAUGGUACACUGCUAGGCACGUCGACCCUCUCCUGCAAAGAAGGAUAUUUCUUCGACAAAACAGAAGGAACGACCAUUAUUUCAGAGUGGAACCUUGUGUGUGACCAAUCGGGAGUUGGAGAACUCGGCCAGACUCUUGUUAUGGCUGGUCAGAUCGUCGGGGCAACUCUAUUUACCUCCCUUGCCGACCGCUAUGGCCGGAAGCCAGUGUUUGUGAGCACGCACCUCCUGCUGUUCAUUAUGAGUCUCUCGCUCACGUUCGUCCCAACCUUUGUCGUGUUUGCGAUCAUGAGAUUCGUCAUUGGUGCAUUACAACAAGGAAUGGGUUUAGCGAUGUCCAUCAUGACUCUGGAAAUAGUACCUCAAGAGCACAGAGGCGCAGUUGGCGCUCUUGGGCAAUUCGCAUGGACGGCGUUUGUAGUUAUAUUAGCAGGUAUAGGAUAUUUCAUGCGGAACCUCUCAUGGCGGUACAUCCAACUUGUAACGGCACUUGCAUCGUUUCAUGCCCUGGCAUCAUAUUGGAUUGUUGACGAAUCUUUAAGAUGGCUUAUUGCAAACAACCGAAAAGACGAGGCUAUGAAAGUGAUUCAGAGGGUAGCGAGGAUCAACAAGGUCAGCAAAGCGCAAGUGGCGGAGGUGAUGCUAUUGCUUUCUGAUGGUCAUGAGCCGGGGAAUCGUGUGUCGUGUAACAGCCGAUCAGAAGGACUGCAACCAUUAAAUGGUCACGUGGUGUCACCUCUACAAGACGUUUCCGACGAUACCCAGGAUGAUACGUACACCAUCGCAACGAGGAUGUCUGAUAGUUCAGAUAAAACUAACGUUAUAGACUUAUUCCGACACAGGCUGCUACUGAAACAUUCCUUGAUACUAUGGUUUGUUUGGUGUACGAAUAGUCUGACGUAUUUUGGUUUAUAUCUGACGUCUUCAUCUCUUACCGGGAAUCGCCAUCUUAACUUUUUCCUCAAUGGAUUAGUGGAGCUCCCUGGUGCAUUCCUGUACGCCCUCCUUGUUAAUCGAUUAGGCCGAAAGAGAUGCUGUGUAUUGUUCCAUGCCGUGACGGGGGUGGCCCUGAUUUUGUCUGUUGUCUUACUGCAGAUUGCAGGGGACAAUGCAAAUAGUUCUCUUUCGAUUCUCUCUACGGUGCUGAACUACGUGGGGAAACUUGGAAUAGCAGCCUCAUUCGCCCUGCUGUUUCUCUACACUCCCGAACUGUACCCGACUAAUCUUAGAAAUAUUGGUCUCGGGAUAUGUUCUGCAGCAGCUCGCAUAGGAGGAAUGAUUGCACCAUAUUCCAACAUAUUUGCGUCUUACGUGAUUUGGGGCCCAGGAGUUGCUUUUGGGAUUUGUUGCAUUCUUGUGGCUUUCCUCACCCUCCUGCUACCAGAGACGAAUGGAAAAGAACUCCCACAGACAGUCGAAGACUAUAAUGAUUGGGUAAAACGAAAACCGAAAGCAGCACAAACAAUAUAGAUGCGUGACUAACGAUCUGUAACUACGACUCCUUUGUCAGUGAUAAAAUUUGACUGUUUUAGACCGAAAGUAAAGAACCACAAACGUUAAUUAAUAUACAAUUCUUUUUGUCAUUUUCGAUUCCUAACAGUGUAUUCAUCAUUUGAUUACCAAUUUCCUUUGAGGGAGGUGUACACGGAUGUAUAAGAGAUUUACGGUUCUAAAGAAACAUCCCUAAUUGGCCCCUUGUUCCUAGCGACGACCACGUUUUACAAAUGGUCUUAAUUUUCUUACAUGUUUAUUACGAAGGCAUUGGCAAACGUUUAAUGUGUACUUACAGUAUAAAGUUUAUCACCAUGGCAACAAUUUCAUCUUUGAAGCGUUGAUUAUAUUAGCAUGUUGCAGCUAAUAUCAAUCACCAUAGGCGAAGAUCUAAUCGUGUUUAACCGUAGAUAUUCGGCAUUCCAAGGCUACAUGUAAUCAAUUAUAGCACAUGAAAAAUACAAAUAUUCUGUAUAGAAACUUUGAUUAAACGUAUACAAAUGAAUCUCGUUUAUCUGGACACUUAUUUCAUAUCCGGAUUAUCAUGGUUUCUGUUUCAUUAAAAUAGGAAUUAUCCUCGAAAGGUAUCUAAAUAUGCUAUUAAGGGUCAAGAUAAUCACUUUAAUUAUAUAGUUGUUAUAUUUGUAAUAUUAUAAGAUACACAUUAUAAUCACAUAUUUGUCAUCUCGUAAUAUUUCAUUAAGAUAAUCACUAUAAUUAUAUAGUUGUCAUAUUUGUAAUAUUAUAAGAUACACUUUAUUAUCACAUAUUUUUCAUUCUUGUAAUAUUUCAUCAAGAUACUCACUAUAAUUAUAUAGUUGUCAUAUUUGUAAUAUUAUAAGAUAAACAUUAUAAUCACAUAUUUGUCAUUCUUGUAAUAUUUCAUUAAGAUAAUCACUAUAAGUAUGUAGUUGUCAUAUUUGUAAUAUUACAUUAAGAUACACAUUAUUUAAGGAAUGAUUUUUAUUUUUUCAACA